AUGGAAUUACACGUGUGGGGUUAUGACAAUGAAAUAUCCGUGAUAGAGCCUGAGUGCUUAGCAAGCGCAUGGUUAUUACAAUCAUUGGAUAUUUCUUUCAAGAUAGUGACAUCGAACAAUACCAAUAUAUCACCAACGCAUUCUCUUCCACUUUUAAUCGAUGAAGAGCAAAAAAUAGCUGGGUACUCUAGCAUUUUCAAAUUCGUGUCGAAGAAACAAGAGAAGAAGAAGAAUAACUUAAUAGAAUUUGCAUUGAUUUCUUACAUAACUGAAAACUUUAAACCAUUGAAUCAAUAUAACUUGUACAUAAAAUCUGAUAACUACGAAAAAUACACCAGAAAGUUGUUCAAAAAUUAUUUUCCGUUUCCCAUGAUGUACAACCAACCGUUGAAAUUUUAUUAUGGUGCGCAAGAACUUGUGAGUACGGUUGGGUUGAAGUCUGAAGGGCAGGGAUUUUUCAAUUUUAACGGUUCUGGGGCGAAUGUUGCGGAAACGGAAAUGGUGAACGAAAGUACUACAGACGACGUUGCCAUUUCUUCGUUACAUGAGAAGCAAUUGAUAUCAAAGUCGAAGCAGAGGAAGAACCUUACUGAGGCAAGGUAUACUUUGAAGUGUUUGACAUUGAUGGAAGAACACAUGAAUCACAUAUUGAAAGUAUAUAGUAGUGAAAGUGGUGGUACUAGGAAAGAAGAGCCAGAGGUGCAAGAAGAGCAAGAAGAGCAAGAAGAAAAUGCAAAAAAUGAAGAAAAAGACGAAAGCAAAGAAAAUACAAACAUAAGUGUGAAUCUAAGUGACAACUUUGGUAUUGGGAAGUUUAUCGCCAGUGAUAUGCUCCUCUUUGCCUAUAUCUAUUCAUUGACAUUUAAAGAAUUACCCAGUACUUUCAUACUAAACUUUAUGAGAACAAAAUUUUCAAGUUUCACCAGUGAAGCGCUCAAGCAUAUUACCCAAUUGAAUGAGAACCUUGGCGAUACCUUGUACAAAAAGCCAGAGAGUUCGGAAAUACCCAAUCUAUGGAAUGAAUUAGUAUAUGUUACCAAACAGUUCGUUUAG